CCACAAUCCCCUCUAUCUCUACUGAUUUGCUCAUGGUGUUAGUGGACGGCGUGAUGAGUGUAAGGGAGAGGAAGAGACCGAGCAAAGUGAUUCCAACACAAAGAAAAGAGAUUGAUGAGAGAGCUACAACAAGAAGGAAGGGGAUUAAUGAAUAAAUUUUUUAACACACACACAAUAGCGGCCGCCGUUUGACUCUCUGAUGCUAUAGUUUCGUCCUGUCGUUUUAUUACAGAACCUCCUCCAAAGAAAGUUACCUUCUUUCUGGUUCAUUACUGAUCUGUCUUUCUCUCUGGGAGCGUAGAGCAUGGCGAAAAAACUCGUUAAAUACUUUGUGGUAGAUGCGUUCACUGAUUCCGUCUUCAAGGGGAACCCAGCAGCAGUAUGCUUACUCGAGGAAGAAAAAGAUGAAAAUUGGUUGCAAGCUGUGGCUACCGAGUUCAACAUCUCCGAGACCUGCUAUUUGACUCCCAUCAUCGUUGACUCCGAUGCUUCUAAUUCAAAUCCCAGGUUUCGUCUCAGGUGGUUUACUCCUGUUGCUGAGAGCAAUUCAUUUUUUUUGCAGGUUAAGCUUUGUGGUCAUGCAACGCUCGCGGCUUCACACGCCCUCUUUUCUAAUGGUUUGGUAAAUUCUAACAUAAUUGAGUUUGUCACACUAUCUGGAAUUUUAACUGCUAAGAAGGUUCCUGAUGGCGAAGCCUUUCUCAUCGAGUUGAAUUUCCCUGCUAUCCCAAUUACUGAAUUCAACUCCAUUGAUCUUGCACCAAUUUCCAAAGCCCUGAAUGGUGCUUCAAUAAUUGACAUCAAGAGUUCUGCAGAUGACCUCUUUGUUGUGCUGCCGUCUGCAAAAGCUGUCACAGAAUUAAAGCCACAAUUUGAUGAGAUACUAAAAUGUCCUGGAAAGGGAGGGAUACUUGUUUCUGGGGCUGCUCCAUCAGAGUCUGCAUUUGACUUUUACAGUCGAUAUUUCUGUCCCAAAUUUGGGAUCAAUGAGGAUCCUGUUACUGGUAGUGCACAUUGUGCUUUAGCCCCCUAUUGGAGCAAGAAGCUGGGGAAGUGUGAUUUUAUGGCCUAUCAGGCAUCAAAAAGAGGUGGAAUAUUAAACAUUCAUCUGGAUGAGCAGAAUCAAAGAGUGCUGCUGCGAGGGAAAGCUGUUACAGUGAUGGAAGGCUCUCUUUUAGUUUAGAUUUUGAUGGCAACAAUUGAAUUGGAGAUUCCCUCUUCACUCUCAAUUCUGAAAACUCGUCUUCUUCCCCUGCAUUUUGCAUUUGGUACGCUUAAAUGCAAAUCAGCUAGUAUCUGCCCAUGAGUUUCAAAACUGAAGGGAUCUGCAAAACUAUGCGUGGGCUUGAUUCAUUAUCACAAACUCUUUACCCUUUACUGGACAAUUUAAUUUUUUUUAAUUAUUGACCCGAGUCAAUAGAUAUCUUUCUGUUGGUGUGCAAAA